ACGCCUGCGCCCUUGUGGGCUGCGGUGCGCGCCCGUCCGAGGGGGGGUGGAGAGAGUGGGGUGGGGGGGGGCGGCUCCUUUCCCCUCAGCGCCCGUGAGGCGGGUUCGGGGCGCGAGGCGGCGGCGCUGCUGCUGGUGCUGCUGCUGCUGGGUUUGCGAGCGGGGGCGUCCGCCGCCGGGCUUAGUCUCGGCUUCCCUCGCAAGGGGCCCUUCGGCUGGGCAUGUGAGGCGAGGAAGGAAAAAAAGGAAGGGGGGGGGGCGCGGCGGUCGCCUCGGGCUUCCCCGGUGCGGGGACGGGCGGGCGGUGCAGUCCCUUCGUUGAGGGAAAAGAGCGGGCGGCGCCUGGUCCUCGUCCUCGUCCGGUCGCUUCCUCGCGUCUCACCCGCCAUGAAGAAGUUUUCUCGGAUGCCCAAGUCUGACGGCACCGGCGGCAGCCCCGGAGGCAUCGGCGGGGCACCGGCGGCUGGAGGCGGCGGCGGCGGCGGCAUCGGAGGCGGCGGCAUCGGAGUCUCGGGCUCCCUGGCGGUGGGCAGCAGCAGGGUCUUCGCCGUGGGGCGCUUCCAGGUCACGGUGGAGGAGGUGCUGGCCGAAGGUGGCUUUUCCACGGUACUUCUUGUGCGUACUCAUGGUGGAGUUCGAUGUGCAUUGAAAAGAAUGUAUGUAAAUAAUGUGCCUGACCUCAAUAUCUGCAAAAGGGAAAUAACAAUAAUGAAAGAACUGUCUGGGCACAAGAACAUUGUAGGGUAUUUGGAUUGUGCUGUCAAUUCUGUUAGUGAUAAUGUGUGGGAAGUGCUUAUCUUAAUGGAAUAUUGUCGCGCUGGGCAAAUAGUGAAUCAGAUGAACCAGAGAUUACAAACGGGCUUUACUGAAUCAGAAGUGCUAAGAAUUUUUUGUGAUGCCUGUGAAGCUGUUGCUAGGCUGCACCAAUGCAAAACUCCCAUUGUUCAUAGAGAUUUGAAGGUUGAAAACCUUUUAUUGAAUGAUAGUGGGAACUAUGUCCUUUGUGACUUUGGCAGUGCCACUAAUAAAUUCCUUAACCCUCAGAAAGAUGGAGUCAGCGGAGUUGAAGAAGAAAUUAAAAAGUAUACCACAUUGUCAUAUAGAGCUCCUGAAAUGAUCAACCUUUAUGGAGGGAAAACAAUUACAACCAAGGCAGAUAUCUGGGCCCUUGGCUGCUUGCUGUAUAAACUUUGCUUUUUCACACUUCCCUUUGGUGAGAGUCAGGUUGCUAUUUGUGAUGGAAGCUUUACCAUCCCAGACAAUUCACGUUAUUCUCACAGUAUGCAUUGUUUGAUAAGAUACAUGCUUGAACCAGAUCAAGAGCGAAGACCUGAUAUCUUUCAAGUAUCUUAUUUUGCCUUUAAACUUGCCAAAAAGGACUGUCCAAUUUUAAACAUGAAUAAUUCUCCUCUCCCUUCAACUCUUCCUGAGCCAUUGACAGCUAGUGAGGCUGCUGCUAAGAAAAGCCAAAUAAAAGCUAGAAUAACAGAUGCCAUUGGACCAACAGAAACCUCAAUAGCACCACGUCAGAGACCAAAGGCCAAUACAAGCACUGCCACUUCUAGUGUACUUACAAUUCAGAGCUCAGCCACACCAGUAAAAGUGCCAGUUCCUGGUGAUUUUAACAAUGAACACAAAGGAGCUUCAAAGGUUGGAAAUGGUCACGAGAGCGUAUUAUCGCCAGGAACCCCACAGCAAAACAGAGUAUUGCAACAACUACAACAAGGUGACUGGAGGCUACAGCAGUUGCAUCAUUUACAUCAGCAACAGCAACAACAACAAUUGCUCCAUGAUUCAUAUGUGCAGCAGUAUCAGCAAGCAAUGCAGCAGCAUGUCGUUCAACAGCAGCUUUUGAUACGCUCUGUCUAUCAGCAGCAGCCUACUCCUUCUCCAUAUCCUGCUAUGAUGCAGCAGUACCAACAAGCUCUUCUACAGCAACAGGUCCUUGGGAAUCAGUUGCCACCACCGAAACGUUCUCCUGAAUUUCUUACCUCUUCUCAGGAGUUUUCACCAGCCUUAAUCUCUCAUUCUAAAUCCUUUCCAGCUCAUGUUGGUGCAGCUCUGGAUGCUCCUUAUUCUGCAAACAGAUCAUCUUCCUCUGACACAGAGUCUGUUUCCAGCUAUCCGAAACAAAGCAUCAGCAGCCCCCCUGAUAUGUCUGGGUGGAACCCUUUUGGAGAAGACAAUUUCUCCAACCUGACAGAGGAGGAGCUGUUGGACAGGGAGUUUGACCUUCUGAGAUCAAACAGGCUGGUGGAGAAGAGAACUUCCUUAGAUAAGCAAGUGGAGUCACAUUCUGCUCCACUGACCCAUCCUUCAGAAGAUCCCUUUGGUUCUGUUCCUUUCAUUUCUCAUGCAGGCUCCCCGGGAAAUGAAAUUAAUAACCGAGCCAGCAAUCUAGAAAACAUGUUAGAGAGUCUGUCUAAGUAUGAGAAGUCAAGCCAGGUGGUUAAGGACCAGGAUGCUGGAAAGAAGGUCAUGGGAGCCCCUACUAAGAAAGGAAACGAUGAGUCGGAGAGUGAUUUUGAAUCCGAUCCCCCUUCUCCAAAGAGUAGUGAGGAAGAGGAGGAACAAGAGGAUGAAGAAGUCUUGCAGGGCGAGAUGGGAGACUUCAUUGACGACAACGAUACAGAGCCAGAAAACUUAGGCCAGCAUCCCCUUCUCAUGGAUUCUGAGGAAGAUGCAGAAGAUGACGAUAAGCACAGUUCUGAUUCUGAUUGUCACCGUUUUAGGCCCACAGAGGAAGUACCUUGCGGCAGAUACAGACAAGGGCCUGGCGGUAUGGAAAGCAGAGAAAUGAUUCUUCCCUGCCCUUCGUUGACUGAGUUCCCGGGUUCCAGUUUGAGCCCCAAACAAGAAUUCGAUGUCUUUGGAGCUGUUCCGUUCUUUGUUUUGCAGCCCCAGGAACCAAAGGAUACCUCUUCCCAAGUUGCCCAUCCGGAGCAAGACCAGGACGACUUCGAUGUCUUCACCAAAGCUCCCUUCAGCAGAAGAAUAUCCCAGCAAGAUGAUUCGAUCACAGGCUCGGAACCUCUGGCGUCUCCCGUUUCCCCCAAAAGCGUGGACGUUUUUGGCUGCAUCCCAUUCCAGCCCGUUUCCAUCCAAAGGCACGGCGAAGCUAGAGAGGAUCUGUUCGGGCUUGUCCCGUUUGAGGAGAUAACUGGCAGCCAGCAGCAACACAAAGCCAAACAGCAACAACGGAAUCUGCAGAAACUGUCCUCCCGCCAGAGGCGCAUGAAGCAGGAGGGAUCCAAGAGCAACAGCAAGCGCCACCAUGGAACUCCCACCAGCGCCAAGAAGACCUUGAAGCCCAGUUACCGGACGCCGGAGAGAGCCCGAAGGCACAAAAAAGCUGGCCGCCGAGACUCCCAAAGCAGCAACGAGUUUCUGACCAUUUCCGAUUCCAAGGAAAACAUAAGCAUUAGCCUGUCGGAUAGCAAGGACAGAGUGAAUCCCCUGCAGGGUGAUGAUAACCUCCUGGAUCCCUUUGGAGCCAAGCCUUUCCAUCCCGCCGAAGGGCUGCGUCUCCCGCAACACCAAGGAUUGGGCGAUAAUCGUGGGGAUCACAACACAGCUGUGCCUGGGAGACCUAGGCAGAGCUCCUUACUUGGCAGCAUUCAUUCCAGUGACGGCGUAAAAUUAACAGAUGAUUUUGGAGCAGUUCCUUUCACCGAACUUGUGCCAAGCGUGAAGUGUCAACAGAGCCAGCAGCAACAGGCAGUAGAGUUAGAUCCAUUCGGGGCAGCUCCGUUUCCUUCCAAACCGUAGACUCUUUUUAAGGAACAUCUGGAUUUUUUUUAAAAAAAAAAAACCUUGGAUUUAAUAUGCCACUGUAAUCCAUUUACUUCGGUUGAGAAGCAAAUGUUUUGUUGUUUUUAAACACGCUUAUUUCUCUGCUGUGACGCGAUGAGAUUUUAACAUCCGCAAUGUUAAAGGUGCAGGAUUGGAAUGAUACAAUGGGGAGAAAGGUUUGAAUAGAGGAAAAUCUUUCCAAAAGUGAGAUCGGAAGAUAGCUAUCACUGAGGAUAUUAGCUAUGACUAGAACAUUCAGAACUGUAUCCCUUACAGAGUGCAAUUACACUUGAAUUGAUGGAGAGAUGAUGGAAGGAUCAGACCGGGUCGACGAAUGAAAUAGGAAAUCAGUCAAAAAAUCAAGAAAAUGUCUGAAAAAAAGCCAGGUUUAUUGAGAAUGGCUUCCUUGUACCUGUUCUAAAGGUUUUUAGAAAAACACUGUUCUUUUUCAUCUCUGAAAAUCAGAGCUUGCGGUCUUGAUACUGGUUCCUAAACUUACAUGAAGAAACCCAAAUCUUUCUAUCUCUGUCUGCCUGAAUACUGUGCUUUUUCCACAGUAAGUGCCAUUAAUAUAAAACAGGGAUCGUUGUAAUUCUUAGGAUUUCAAGAACUUAGGAUGUUGAAAGUGGGAAUGGAACGAGAAAGCAGCAGCACUAACAGUUAGCUUCUUGCAGCACUUUGAAGAUUGCCAUUUCAAGAAGAGAGCGGGGUUUACUUGCAUACCACAGAGAGAAGAUGGGGAAAACAGCCAGAAAAGUGUAGCAAAUUCAAACCUACAAAGAGUUUAAAUCAGAGUUUUCACCCCAUGUCUACUCGCUUUACUGGGGUUUUGUAUUUCAUAUAAACUGUAUGUACCCCACAAGGUUUUUAAUCUUCUAAAAUGGUUCUCACCUAAUUUUUGAAUGCUUUCUGUAUUACAUGAUUGUACUUUUCUAAGACUUUAUACAAAACACACCGAUCAGUUUCCAACAAAAGGAGGUUUAGAAUGGAAGGCUUAAAAAUGAUGCUCUUUUGAGUCUCUUACCAUUAUUACCGCAUAGUAAAACCAGCAAUGCCUUACAGCCAGGACCAUGUCCUGAUAUAAAUUUACCUCUGAGCCAAUUGGUGCCCUUGAGAUACAGAUUGUAACAUUUGGAGAAGUUCGGUGAGUAGACAGCACAUUUUGGAAUUUUCAGUCUGAGCAAAGGAAUUCCUAAUGUCUUCAUUCGCUGUUGAUCAUUCUAGAGCAGUAGGGUUUGUUCAAAACAGUCACUUGAUGUCCUGCAGUUUUUGUUCAGAUUUGUGAAAAUGGGUGUCUUUGAAGACAUAGUAAAAAGUUUUGUCAAAAGGAAUAGUCAGGUUCCAGAGAACACGGCAGUAUCUUUGAAGUAUAUGUGUGUGUGUGUGUGUGUGUGAAUCAGAAAUGCUAAAUGUCUAGCAGAAAGUGGCAAAGAGCAAUCCAUUCUUAAAAAGUGAAAAGCUUCAGUAACCAUUUCUCUCCUUAAACAAAUGAAGAUUGACAUCUCAGGAUCCUUGCAUAGACAUUCACACAUAUAUGAAUUUGAACUGUAGAAGCUCCAUGACCUUAACUAUAGCUGUGUCUGGGUAGCAUUUACAUAAUUUGAAUAUCAUUUGCAAACAUAAUAAAUGUGAAUAUAGUUAAGACCCUUUAACCGUGCUUCCAAGUUUUGAAAAAAUAUGUAGCGUUUUAAUCAUUCUUUGAAGAUAUAAUUUCAAGUUCUUGCUAAAUGUGCUUCUAGAAGUGAAGUCCAUCUCUUUGCAUGGUUUGAAACCCAUAUUGUCCCGUCCCCCCCCAAUUAGAUGUCUUAUUACACUAAAUAUUGUGUAAAGACCAGUUAAAAAUCAGCUGUGCAUAUGCCUCAGAAGGCCUGCUCCUUUAUUUUUGUGCCAAAGCCUCAGGCAUAAUGUGUGUUGUAAAAUAACUUUCUUUCCAAAGGCCACUUGGAAUCACGGCCAGCAGACUUCCGAGUAAGGAGGGUUCUAAACUGUCCAAAAUCAAGUCAUUAAGGACCUGCUAUUUAAAUGUACUGUAUUUGGCUUUCAUUUAGUGGAAGGCUUUCUGGGUAGGAGAUAUGUUGGAGAUAUGUUGGAGUCCCAGAGUGAACAGAGAGCUGAUUUUAAUUAUGGUCUCCAUAGGAUAACCUCAUUUUAUUUGAAAAGAUACACGUGCUUCAGGUGGUAUAAAAAAAAAUGCAACAGCUUGGAUUCCUCACCCCAAAGUUGCCACCACUUGCUAAAAUUAAUGGGAGACAAUAAGUAAAUCGCAGCCAAUCCACCUAAUCAGUUUGGUAACUUUUUUUUUUUUGCUUCCAAAUGUCUGCAUGAUUACACCUGACAUCUGAUUUUUUUUUUUAUACCUCCAUCCAAACCCUUUUCAUCAGAAAAUCCUGAUGAAAUCAGAUUGCAGUGAGUUGUUUCCAGUAAGCAGUUAAGAAGAUGAUGAUGUAUGUGCCAUGAGAAAUGACGUUUAGAGUAAUCGGGUCACUCUGUUUUCUGUCUUCAGGAUCCUAAAUAGUGGCUUCGAUUUGCCAGGAGGAUAUCAUCCUUUGUACCAGUUUUGGUUAGUUUUAUUCUGUACAUUUGUAUGGGCAUAUGAACUUAUGCUAUAUGGAUAUAUGGAUUCCUGUACUUAAGACCAAAAAUGGCACCAAUCUAGUGAUGGGAAGAGCUGAGAUAGCAUAACUUCGUGUUUUGCAUCUGUUUAUAUAUGUCGCAGAUAAUUCUUCCCAAAACUGAUUUAUGCUAGAAAAUGGUUACGGUUGUCUUGGCCAUUGUCUCUGGUUGCUAGGACAGAUUUUUUUCAUUAGAAAACCUUGGGGCACACCUACAUGGCUCCAGCUGUAUAAUUGGUCGAUAGGUAUGAACACGAUACGAAACAUACAUAGGAUUGGGACUGAGGAUAACCCUGUGUAAUUCAUGGCCAUUCAUUUGUUUCAUCAACAUUUUUUUUGUUUUUGAAUAGGAUCUUUAAUCUCCCAGCUUUCUGCCCCUUGGAUCAAUCAGACUUUUAAAAGAAUUUGAUUUCCUAGAUCCAUGAUGGCGAACCCAUGGCACGUGGGCCAGAGGUGGCACACAGAGCCUUCUCUGCAGGCACGCGAGCUGUUGCCCCAGCUCAGCUCUGCUGCGCAUGCCCGCACGCCUCCUGCAGGCCAGCUGGUCUUUAGGUCUCUGCCAUGCAUGCAUGCAUGGGGGGGCGCAUGUAGGGGGGGCGCAUGCAUGCACAGGGGGUGCAUGUGUGGGGAUGCACAUACAUGCGGGGCAGGGGACGGAUUUGCGCACAUUGCAUUUGGGGGUUUAUGCAUGCACACGCGCAUUCGCACGCACACACACGCACUUUGGGCACUCGGUGCC